UAAUUGUGAGAUAAUACAGUUUUAAUAAUGAAACAUGCUCUUUUAAAAAUAACUGGAAAGAAGCGUCAAGUAUUGAUAUCAUCAUGUAUGUACAUAGGACAAAUGGUGGUAGGCUUCACGGUAGGCUGGUCAGGUAGCGUUCUACCUAAAUUACAAGACAGUGAUCAAUCACCGCUUAGUGAACUGUUGAGCGAAGCGCAGCUUUCAUUAGUGGCUUCAUUAGCGUAUUUAGGCUGUAUACCAGGCCCUUAUCUAGUGGGAUGGCUGUCAAAUAUCAAAGGACGAAAACCAUGUCUGUUUUUUGGCGGGGUGUUGGUGGCGAUAGCGUACAUAAUUUUAGCCACAAGCAGAAACCUGGCAAUGCUAUUGUGUGGCAGAAUUUUGAGCGGUUUCGGUAUUGGUGUCAUUGGUGUUACGAAUUUGGUGUAUAUUGGAGAAAUUGCGUCUACAAACAUCAGAGGCAUUCUCUUAACUGUAAUGGGAAUAUUUCACACAUCCGGCGCAAUACUUCUGUACACCGCCGGUCAUUUUCUUUCAUAUUCCGGCACGAAUUACGUUGGUGUGGCUUUGUGUGUAGCAUUUACACUGGCCACACUUUUAGUACCUGAAUCUCCGAUAUUUCAUAUUUUGAAAGGCAAAGACGACGCAGUUAUAAAAAGCCUCCAUGAAUUAGGCAGAAGCGAGGAUAUAGACAAAUUAUUGGCGGCCAAAAAAGAAUUUCGAGACAGCACAGCGACCAAAGACUGGAUCGAACUGUUCAGUCUACGUGGAAACAAAAAGGCGUUACUAAUUGUGGUAACUAUAAAUGUUUUCCAACACUGCAGUGGUGUUAUGGUCGUUGUAUUCUUUGCUGGGAAAAUUUUCGAUAUGGCUGGAUCUGAAAUCGAGUCGAAUAUAUCUAUGUUAAUCAUAGCAGCGUUUCAAUUGACUGGGAGUGUCAUAAGUCCUUUUCUAGUUGAGAGGAGCGGAAGGAAAGUUUUGAUUAUCGUUUCUAGCUGUAUAUGCUCUUUAGCAAUGUUUCUAUUGGGACUUUACUUUUAUUUAAAUCAAAUCGGAAGUACUGUAAUUGAUGGCAUAAAGUGGUUUCCGCUUGUCAUAUUAAUAUUAUUCUUCAUCGGAUAUGAUUUUGGGUUAGGGAUAAUCCCAAAUGCUCUUAUAGGCGAAAUGUUCACAACAAACGUAAGAAGCAUAGGAUCUGCUGUAGCCCUGUCAGCUUCUUGGUUUGCAGGGUUUCUAAUCACCACGAUUUUUGGUUCUGUAUUGGAAAGUAUAGGGCAUAUAGCAUUCUGGAUAUUUGCCCUCACAUGCCUUGGAGCUGUGUUCUUCACGAUAUUUUUCGUUGUGGAGACCAAAGGGAAGAGUUUGUUGGAGAUUCAAGAUAUUUUGAGCAAAUGAUAGCUAAGAUUUUCUAUGUUUAAAUAUGUUUAUUCGAUAA